CGGGUGGGCUUGCCUUCCUGCUCCAGGGCCUGGGCGCCCGGUUUCUGGAAUGAGUUACAAAUGCAUGGCGAAUAAUAAAGGGCUAAUUUGAAAUAGGUGCCUGGACGUGUGGGGCAUGGUCUGGCCGCUGGCUGGAAUUUCACAUUCCUUUAGAAAGAGAUCGUGAGUCACUUCAGAAAAAUCAGGAAAAGUUGAGUCUGCUUUAUUUCAUCGUAGUGGCUGUUGAAACGCCCUGUUUUCUUAGUGGUUCUGAGCUUCAGCCAGUUAGGCUCUCCUUUGUGAUGUUUGACUCGAAAAUGCGUCUUAGCACGUGCUCCUGGGCUGGGGGUCCAGCGGGGGUGAGGGCAGAAGUCGGUACUUGUGGGGUGGAAGGGAAGGAGCCCUCCCCACGCAGAUGAGCAAUGGGUAGACUUGAUCGGGGACUUGCAGCCAUCCAGAAUAAGUUUGCCCUAUGUAAGGGGGUUAUAAUUAUUCCUAGAGAUUCUAAGAUUUAGCUUUCAGUGUAAGCUACUGGCUUUUCCGAAGGAAGUGAGUACUUUCCACUUUAAGGUAGAUGGGGCACUCUCAGCUUGGUUGGGUAUAAGUAUGUGAUUUUUCCUGACAUAUUGAAAAAGGAUGUACAUGGUACAUAAUAUUUUCUGUAAUAUACGGAAGAAUUGUUUGGUGAAGUGUUGCCAGUGCAGGUAUUGGGGAUGCUGUCACAUGUAGUUGUACAUGGAUUUGGAAGAUGGCAGACGGGCUCGAAUCUGCCUUUCAUCACUUUCUUAAUUAACCGAGCAUGGAGAGUGAUGUGUGGAUCUUUUAAUGACAGUAUUUGGUUGAAUCCAGGAUGCCCCGUGGUGUGAUAAUGACUGCCACGGUGUUUUCUGAGGCAGCUGUGCAAGGAAGCUUCCUGCCUGAGAGAUUAAGAAGUGGGAGUUAGAACUAGGAAAUAGAGUAGGUGAACUAUGACUUGAGGGAUUAACAUUCUAUGCUGGUGGUUUACGUGUCAGCGCUGCAUAGUUAAUGAUUCUGGGUGUAAAGACAUUUUGUUGGAUUCUUGUCCCUUUGUGUGCACACAUUUACAGUCUUUAUAUCAGCCUACUGUAACUUUAGAAAGGUACUACUUGGGACCAGUGAAAGGUACAGCUUGAAUAGUAACAUUCUAGUUGUAACUUUCACUUUUUUGCAAACUAAUUCACACUGUUGUAGAAAUAACCUUGAAACUUCUAGAGAGAUGCAAAGCCCGCCCCAGGGGCCUUUUUCUGUGCUGGCUCAGACUCCUCCUCUGACAGUUUAGGAAGGAGAAAGUAGGAUCUAGAAGAGAAGCUGUUACCCUCAAAUACAGUUGUGAAACUGCUGAGCCAGACUGGGCAGAUUUCCUUCACGCUCUUUAUUAGCUCACUUGGUAGCAGGUUACAACACUCUAGUAAUUUCUUUUUGCGUACUGAUGAGUAUAACUGACAACCUGAGAUUUCUACAGCAACACCAAUGCUUGGUAAAAAUACCUGGUUUCUGUUGUAGAGAAGUCACAGGUACCAUUACAACUCCGGGAGUUCACGUCCACCUUCCUCACUGAGUGAGGGCUAAGUUGCAGGCAGGCGGUAGUGCAAGUGAAGGAGUGAUUCCGCCCCCACCCCCUCGGGUCCUCCGAGACCACCCAGGAAAGAACCUCUGCACUCGCCCAGAAAUCCGCUUCCUCUCCGCCCAUCCCCUCGCAGGAAUGUGUCUGUGCCGCGUUCUCCUGACUCAGCUGACUGUGCUGACGCAAAGAUGACAAGGAAAUCAGACGGGGCAGAUAAGAGCCCCGAGCUUAGCAAGUCUGCUGUCCGGGCGGCUGGGCCACUCGGGCUCCUGUCUGACGGCGCUGUUGUGAUGAGUCUUGUACAAGCUGCUCAGGAACACGUGGACGGUGGAGACACAGCAGGAGAGUGUCAGUUUGGGACCUGUUAGUGUACACGUGCAAGGGCUGGGCGGCUGUCCCAGAGGUCACUUCUGUUGAGGCCGGUCCUGCCACCCACAGGGGGUGUGUCAUUGGCCUCAGCCUCUUGCCUAGUGGAGCCUGUGGGGCUGAGGCUGCGGGCACGCUGUCUGCAUCUGUGACUGAUGGAUGCCUGGCUGUUGGAGUCAGGCCCCAGGAUGGCAGGGAGCAGGCCACGGGUUUAGGGUCACACGGGAAAUAAGGAAAAAAGGGAUCCGGGAUCCAGGGACCACGUGUGCUUGGCCUUGGGGCGGGUGGCACUGCCCACUCAGGCCUUGACCUUCCCUGUUGAGUCCUGUUGCUCCUGCUGGCCUGCUGCUUCCGCCUGCGUCUGCUUGCAGGGCCGCUCCUCCCAGCUCCCCUGCCUCCCCGCUUCCACUGUCCCGGCGGACACCCCACAGAGCAUGUCAGGGCUGGCCUGCUUGCCGCCGGCCAGCUCUGCUGGUGCCCACCUGUGUGCCAGGGCCUCCUGGUCUCCAGCUCUCCCAGGGAGGGUAGACUCUUGCCAACUGCACAGCGCCCCCUUGCAGCAGGGUCUGAGGUGGGUGGAAGAGCUGCGAUUGCAGCGUCCUGAGCUCUGAUCAGACUUGAAGAAGUCACGCCUUCAUGAGAGUUUGCGUGUGUUAUGAUGAAACCCCAGAGGUGGAAGAGCAGAGCAGUGACCUCCACCGCUGGGACAGCCGGCCUGGGGACGUGCUCCUCGCCCCGACUGACCGGGCCUCGUCUAGAGCUGCAGGGCCUCCGCGGUGCCUUGGACACCGUGUGCGUUUGACUCAAGAUGAUUUGAUGUUUUGUGAUAAAGCCCACCGACCAUGAUGGCUACACAGGCCUUGAGCAUAGACGGCUAUCAAGAUGGGCAGCAGAUGCACGUGGUAACCGAGCUAAAAACUGAGCAAGACCCCCACUGCUCCGAACCCGAUGUGGAGGGCGUGAGCCCCCCCCCUGUGGGGUCCCAGACACCGAUGGAUGCAGACAAGCAGGCCAUUUACAGGCAUCCGCUCUUUCCAUUGUUAGCUUUGUUAUUUGAAAAAUGUGAACAAUCUACACAGGGCUCGGAAGGCACGACUUCUGCCAGUUUCGAUGUGGACAUUGAGAAUUUUGUAAGGAAGCAAGAGAAGGAGGGAAAACCCUUCUUUUGUGAAGAUCCGGAAACUGACAAUUUAAUGGUGAAAGCCAUCCAGGUUUUGCGUAUUCACCUUCUCGAGCUGGAGAAGGUGAACGAGCUCUGCAAAGACUUCUGCAGUCGCUACAUCGCCUGUCUGAAGACGAAGAUGAACAGUGAGACCCUCCUGAGCGGGGAGCCUGGCAGCCCCUACUCCCCCGUCCAGGCCCAGCAGAUCCAGAGUGCCAUCACGGGCACGCUCAGCCCCCAGGGAAUCGUGGUGCCGGCAUCCGCGCUGCAGCAGGGGAACGUCACCAUGGCAACAGUGGCAGGGGGCACAGUCUAUCAGCCUGUCACAGUCGUCACUCCCCAAGGCCAAGUGGUGACACAGGCAUUGUCGCCUGGCACGAUCCGGAUCCAGAACUCCCAGCUUCAGUUACAGUUAAACCAAGACCUGAGCAUCUUGCAUCAAGACGACGGCUCCUCCAAAAACAAGAGGGGGGUUCUGCCCAAGCACGCCACCAACGUCAUGAGGUCCUGGCUCUUCCAGCACAUCGGGCAUCCCUACCCGACAGAAGACGAGAAGAAACAGAUCGCGGCUCAGACGAAUCUGACGCUGCUCCAAGUUAACAACUGGUUCAUCAACGCCAGAAGACGAAUCUUGCAACCGAUGUUGGAUUCUAGUUGUUCAGAGACUCCAAAAACAAAGAAAAAAACUGCUCAGAACAGGCCUGUCCAGAGGUUCUGGCCCGACUCCAUCGCCUCGGGGGCCGCCCAGCCAGCCGCCAGUGAGCUGACCAUGUCAGAAGGAGCUGUCGUGACGAUCACCGCCCCCGUGACCAUGAACGUGGACAGCCUGCAGUCCCUGUCGUCGGACGGGGCCACGCUGGCGGUGCAGCAGGUGAUGAUGGCGGAGCAGAGCGAGGACGAGUCGGUGGACAGCACGGGGGACGGCGGGGCGGCGCUGGCCCCCGGCCACCUGGGCGGGCUGGUCCUGGAGAACAGCGACUCCCUGCAGUAGGGCCGCGCCCGCGGACUGGCCUGACUUUUUACAGUUUGCACAGCAAACAUUUUACACAGUUUUACUCCCGUAUGUUUUAUAUGUAGGUUUAGAAGAGUGCACUUUUGUAUUUCCCAGUCAGCUUCAAGAGCGUCUUUGCUGGUGCAGCGACUUCUUCCAGGGUGUGUGUGUGUGUGUGUGUGUGUGUGUGUGUGUGUGUGCGCGCGCGCGUGUGUGCAUUUUUAAGGAAAUUCUUUAAAGGUUUAACGCUAAAAAUGUGAUGAAUGACAAACACCCCCCCCCCCAGCCCACAAACCCCCGAUUAGAUUAAGGACUAGUGCUGCCAUUUUCCGAGAAUUAUGCAGUUGUAAUUUAGCUUUGUGGUUACAGCAGGCCUCCGGGGGCUGAUUGAUUUGUGUAGCCCAUGGCUCUGAAAGAAGCUUCUGCACCUUAGAACUGCCAGUGUGACGUGGGCAACAGCACACACACCAAUAACCCGAGUGGGACCCGGUGGCGAAUGUAGGUGACUAGACGUGGUUACCGUCCCUGAUGGCCCCUGAGCCUGUGUCAUUUGCUAUAUAUGAAAAGAAACUCCUAUUUUUAACUUGCUGGAAUUAUUGGAUAAAAAGCUAUUUUUAUAAAUUCAUUAUGAAUUGACUAUGACUCUCUCGAGGAUGAAAUGUCUAGAGAAGACACAGCACACGCCUACCGUCUCGAUUUGGAUGUUCUGAACGGGCCAAAUUUAACGAAGCUGCCCAAAGUUAGCCAGGAUUCCGUAGCCCUCUGCUUUCCCAGGGUGGUGGUGUUCUCUUACUAUGGUAGAUGAGACACAGCUAUUUAAUGAACGUUUGCUGUCUUCAAAUUGUAGUUUAUACGUAAAUGCUCAGAUUGCAUUUUACACUUGAUCGAAACACACAUCUAAAGAAACCGACUAAAUAGGACUUAGGUAAGCUAAGUGAAAUGGUAGCCAGUCACCAGUUAAAAGCUCCUACCAGCGUCUUUGAGUCUAAUUUAAACUUGACUACAGUGAAAUGGUUAGUAUACCAUGUCAGCUGGAUCCUGUUUUAGAAUUCUUAGUUAGCCGUAUGUUAUGCAUAAAGUGUUGAUGAUAAACUAAUCUAAGGCAUCCCCUGUGCCUUGGCUCAGAGCCAGGGCCCGCGGCAGACCCUCGGCCUGCUACGUCAUCACGUGCCACGGAGGGACGCAAGGAGCGGGGCCCGGGCGGCCUCCCGCUGGGGCUCGGGCCGGCCGCUGGUCCUGGUGGCGGGGUUUGCCCCUGUCGCUGCUCUGUGGGAUUUCCAGAGCCUGCCCUCUGACCCGAUCACGUCCGACCUGGGAGCGUUUCAGGACUUCCUGGGGACCAGACACCCCGAGAGCAGCCGGGUGUGGUUCCUGGGCUUGGUGUGGCCCCUUGGUUGACUUCCAAGCUGAGCUUUUUCUCAGCGAGGACACGGCACACCUAGCUUCCCAGAGGAGAGCUCUGUCCAGGCAUGAAGGGGACGCCCGGCCCCGCGGGGCUCCGAGGACAGCCGCGCCGUCGGGAAGGCUGCCGGGUCCCGAGAUGGAGCCACGGGGACUGGUGUGGCCAGGGCUGCCUGGGGCAUGUUUGGAGCUAGAGCAGAUGUUUUUCUAGAACUGAGUCCCCCCCAAAUUAUUAAUACCUGAAGUUAGUCAUAGGAGGAUACUUCCCAGAUACCUUAGAAGGAAGAAGGAAGGACUUGGGAACUCCUUUUAAAAUCUUUCAGGAAAUUUAAAGGAAAAACUUGACUGUUGAUUCCUUGGGGAGGAAAGUAACACUCUUAAGCAGCUGCUGUGUCCUUAUUUCUGAACAACUUUAAUACUGUUUAAGAUAUUAAACAAUAUUAAUUUUAAUACUUUGAGUCAAAUCUACAGAAGUUUAAAAGAUCACUCAAGUCCAACAAAGUUAGAACUGAAGGCCAGGACCCAGGAAGCUGGCCGGCCAGCUCCUCCCUCCCUCGGCCCCUCUGCCCGGCUAUAGGUUAGUGGGGAUCCUCCCAGCACCAGGACUCCCCGGGGGUGGUGUCUCCCCGGCGGGGUGUGGACCCCGGGGCCGUCGGGGGUGGACUGUCAAGGCGGUGGUGCGGCCCGUGCCCCUCCAGCUGAGAUCGGCUCUCGUAAGCCCUGAGUUCUUACACGGUGGAGGGACAGGAGAAGGGUCCUCAGAGACAGGGGCCCGGGACGCGGCCUGGGGUUCCCGUAACCUCUUCCCGUGAGGAACUGCGGGCACUUUCAACAGCCCGACCGCAGACGGUUUGGGCUCCUGAACUGCUGCCCAGGGCACCAGCGUCCCUGGGCGCCUGAUAAGCACUGUUCCCAGCCCUCGACUCCCGAGAGCCCCGCGAGAGGGCGAGCCCGCCGGGCUUGCGUUUGAGUGAUCAGGCUCCAUCUCGACUUGGCUCUGGCGAAGCCCUUUCCCCACGAAGGAUGCUUUUGAAUGUGUCUCGGGCCCCAGGUGCUCAUGUCACCGGCUCCGCCGCGGAGGGGCAGUGAGCAGCGGGGCCGAGCCGGGCAGCCUCACUCGGCCCCGUUUCCGAGCCGAGGGGCUCGGCCACAGCUUGGAGUGGGCAGAGCCCGGGGCCCCGUGCCCGCACCCUGCGCGGAGGGCCCCGCCGGCACCUCUGCGUGGCCCGGCGAGAGAGCCGGGCGCGUCCUCCUCAGACCCCGGACGCCGUGGGAGGCCGCCCCGGGGGCCAGUGACGGAUCCUCCGCAGUCCUCCGUCCCGUUAGCUCUGUCCGGUCUCUGAACUGACAGUCUUUAAAUGUGAAUCCUGUAACCAUGUGUUCUUGGAUUGCUGUCUUUGGAAGGGAUUUUUGUGAAGCAACUGAUUUAUCAAAGCAAAAAAUUAAAAGCAGAAACCGGC